CGUACGUACGCGUAUCGCACACCUGUUUACUAUUUCGCUCGUAUGAACAGGCAAUGCCGGUGGUCUGCGGAACACUAGAUCCUACCGAAAACGUCAACGGUGACGACGAUGUAACGGUGGCCGGGUACGACUAACGUGACAACAAAGGUGGCGGCGGCUGUGGAUAACGAAGCGACGCGGUGCACUGACCCGCUGGACACGACGCGCGCGCCGAGUCAUCCACGGUUAACUAACUGAUCGCGUGCUGCGCGCCGAUGGAAUAUCCUGGCGUCAUGCAGCUGGCAGCCGGUUGGCCGUCGAUUGAACCGCCGUCGGGCGCCGCCGGCGUGUACAAUGGCACCGAAAUGGGUCCGUACAACAACGGCACCGGCGACAGGGACGCGCUGUUCUGCGACGACACGUCCGGACACGAGUCGUCGCUGUACCUGAUAUCCAAGAUCCUGUACGUAAUCGUGUGCGUGAUCGGGUUGGUGGGCAACACGCUGGUCAUAUACGUGGUGAUCCGGUUCUCCAAGAUGCAGACGGUGACGAAUAUGUACAUCGUCAACCUGGCCAUCGCCGACGAGUGUUUCCUGAUCGGCAUACCGUUCCUGAUCGUCACCAUGUCCAUGGAGUUCUGGCCGUUCGGCAACGUCAUGUGCAAGGUGUACAUGACCACCACCAGCGUGAACCAGUUCACCAGCAGCAUAUUCCUGAUGAUCAUGAGCGCUGACCGGUACAUAGCCAUAUGCCAUCCGAUAUCGUCGUCCAAGGUGCGCACCGCGUACGUGUCGAAGAUCGUGUCGGUGACCGCGUGGACGUUCAGCAUCAUACUCAUGAUACCGGUCAUCAUGUACGCCAACACAAUGGACAAGGGCAACGUCAAGAGCUGCAACAUCAUAUGGCCGGAGAACGACCUGUUCAGCGGGCAGACCGCGUUCACGCUCUACUCGUUCGUGCUCGGGUUCGCCAUACCGCUCAUGCUCAUAUUCGUCUUCUACAUAUUGGUCAUCAGGAAGCUGCAAACGAUAGUUUGUCUAAUGAAAAUUUAA